CUGCGUCGUUAACUGUUGUCAAAAAAAACUGCCCUAUUUCUACCGUGUUCGUUGUGCUUUUGUUUGCUGUUUGCAUUGCGUUUUGAUUUCGAUUUCGAUAUUUCGUGCGUCCAGUCAACCCGAUUGGAACGGUCAAGCGCGCGACAAGUGUCCAGAGGAACAGACGGAGGCGAACGCCAUGAAACAGCUAAUAAUUCGACUAUUGUUAACCUAGUUUCACUUCCCAAAAACCAACCCAAAAACAACAACUACAAAAAGGACGAGCUCAGACGAGCAGCAGCGCUGGCUCCUCUAGUUUCGAUUAUCUAGAAAGGAGCUAUAACUAAACAUCGAAGGACUUGAAAGGGAUAGAUUUGCUGGCAGAGGAAGAAACCUAUACCCCAUUACCUUUUCGGUUCUCCUUGGAGCAGGAUCCAUUUUUCCUCCCCAUCCAUUCCUCCCAGCACCCUGUCCACAGCACAUCCGAAACAUCCUUGACGACUAUAACCAAUAAUAGCCACAACCUUGGACUCUACUUGGAGGAGCAUCGCAGCAUCUCUAGCAUUAACUAAAAAAAGGAUAGAGUAGCCGGAGCACGAGGUCGACUCAUGUUACAAAAAUGAAAAAGUUCACAUUCAAAGGAGUUCUAGAUGGAUUUCGACAAAGCGUUCAGCCCCAAGCCACACGACAGGAGCAGGAGAUCCAGGAACAACUCAAGGCCGAUCAUUUUACGUUGAAAAAGACCUUUCGUCAUGGCUUUCCAUACUCGCCCACAUCCUUUGCCUUCGAUCCAGUACAAAAGAUACUAGCGAUUGGCGACAAAUCGGGCUACAUUCGCAUCUUGGGACGACCUGGCGUCGAUGCCCAUGCCAAACACGAGGGCGAAUCCGAGUGCGCUGUCCUCUUUACCCAAUUCCUGGUCAAUGAGGGCGCCUUGGUCACCGUCACCGCCGAUGACACCAUUCACUUGUGGAACAUUCGCCAAAAGACGCCGCGCAUUGUGCAGAGUCUGAAAUUUCAGCGGGAGCGCGUGACUUGCAUACACCUGCCCGUGGGCAGCAAAUGGCUGUACGUGGGCACCGAGAAGGGAAACAUACACGUUGUUCACAUAGAUACAUUUGCACUUAGUGGAUAUAUUAUUAACUGGAAUAAAGCAAUUGAAGUGGUUAGAACUAGUCAUCCAGGUGCUGUGAUUGCGUUAUGUGAUAAUCCAUUGGAUGCAAACAAGUUGCUUAUUGCAUUUGAGUGCGGGCUGCUUGUAUUGUGGGAUCUAAAGGCAAAAUGCGCUGAGAUACGAUGGCAGGCGGCCGAGGCCGUCAAGUCACUGGCCUGGCACUAUGAGGGCAAGUACUUUGUGUCCUCGCACACGGAUGGCUCCAUUUGCUCCUGGCCAACGAAGCCCCAGGCCAAGCCUCAGUCGCAGGUCUGUCCGCAUGCAAAACCCAACAAGGAUGGCAACGCGGAGAAGUGCAAACCGAUUUAUAAAGUUGACUUGAAAUCCAGCACAACUGGGGAAACUUUCACCAUUUUCUCGGGCGGCAUGCCGUCGGAGAAGGGUUCCAAGUCGAAUUGCAUCACGGUGAUGGUGGGCAAGGCCACCACAGUGCUGGAAAUGGAGCAUGCCGUAUGCGAUUUUAUCACACUCUGUGAGAAUCCCUGGCCCUGCGAGACCCAGGAGCCGUAUGCAAUUGCCGUGCUACUGCAAUACGACUUAGUAUUAAUAGACUUAUUAACACCCGGUUUUCCAUGUUUUGAAUCGCCUUAUCCAAUGGACUUACACGAAUCACCUGUUACAUGUUGCACAUAUUUAACCGAUUGCCCAUCGGAUUUGGUUCCUGCUUUCUAUUCAGUUGGUCGCACAACGACAAGUAAAAAGAGCUGUUUUUCGGAGCGCGAAUGGCCUAUAUCCGGUGGCGAGUGGUCGCCGGCGUCGUGCAGCUAUUCGGAGAUCGUUAUUACCGGACACCAGGAUGGUAGCCUCAAGUUCUGGGACUCUGGUGCCGGUACGCUACAGAUACUCUACAAGCUGAAGACGGCCAAGAUGUUCGAGAAGCCGCGCUCUCACGUCGCCCACUCGCAUCCGGAAAGCGAUAAUCCAUUGGCGGUGCAUCUUAUCUUUCUAUGUUCGGAAUCGCGACGCCUUUGUGUGGCUGGGGCCAUGGGUCAGGUUAUGCUAUUCAAGUUCCGUAAAAUGGAAUCAACAUCAGAGGUAUUGGUGCUAGAGAUACCCAUACUCUAUGAGAAUUUUGAUGACAUUUAUGGCACAAGUCCCGAGUGUGACUUUCUAACGGGCCAUCAAGUGCAAAAGACGGAAUCGAGUGAUUCAGAUAAGACAACCGAGUGUUCGUUAAAGGUGCGCUUUGGAGCACAGCGCAAGCCACCGGGCUUCCAGUCGCAGCUGGUCUGCCUCACAACCGGACCAAAUCGUCGGAAUGUGCAGGUCACCUCGCUGUGCAUCAGCUCCAGCUAUGGCCUAAUGGCUUAUGGUACCGAAUAUGGACUUGUCAUAAUUGAUAUAAUCCAAAAAAUUUGCCUAUUGAGUGUUGCAUGCCCCGAUCUGUAUGGCGCACAUGAUCCUUACUCGCGAACACCAAAAAGUCCAAAACGCAUUGAGAACAAAGAGGAGCAAAGCCGAUCGCCCAGCUCAGAUCAGCUGAACGAUACGACCAGUCCGGAUAGUCCAUCACUUGAAUUUGUACCGGAGGCCACGAGCACCGAUCCAACAACAGAUCCAACCGGAAUCGCCGGCUCCCGUCCCAGUUCACCCGAUCCCGUUGUGGUGAACAGUUCUCGGGAAACCCUAAUCAGUGGCUCGGCAGCAUCGGCGGCGGCCAUGAUGGCCAAGAGUCCACAGCGUGAAGAUGCUGCCCCUAAGGAGCUGCAGGACCGGCGCAAGUCCAUGUCCUGGAAAACGUUCAAUUUGAAGCGUCAAUUAUCAAAAGUCAAUAUGAAAAUCGGUGGUAUGAAUGUCAACACCGAUCUGGAGUCGCUCAAGAAUAGCUCCAUUUUCUAUACGCCCAAGGAGGCGUCACCAGAUGGCGUUAUGCCAACACCACCACCGCCGCCAACCGAAGAGGAGACGACGGCCGAGCUAAAGGAAGAUGAAGCUUUGGAUGAAGCCGAAAUGGCCGCAGCAGCAGCAGCAGCAUCAUCAUCAUCGCCGGCGGUGCGUGGUAAAUUUCGAUCCUCAACCACUGAUUCGCCAGAUGAAGGAGCUAGCUCCAGUGGCGUUCGUCGAGUGGACUUUGAGCAGAUGACAUCGGCGGCGGUGGAGCGACCCAAUAAUCUGCCUUUGGCAGACUCACCGGCACCCGUUCCACUAAAGCCAGCCCGUCAGAAAUUCAAAGAAAAGGCACGCGAUCAACGCCUCUUAUCAGUUCCAAAUAUCAAGUAUCAGCCGCGGGAUUUGCGUGGCGGCGUGCGAAUCCUCAAGAACGAUGUCUCCCCGCUGACCAGCGGUGGCCCAAGUGGAGGUGGAGGAGCAGGUGGUGUAAGCGGAGGCGCCAGCGGCGGUGGCGGAGGCAAAAAGAUACAUAAAUUGGAUGGAACUUUCUCAAGAUCCAGAUCAUCGUCAAUGUCCAGCAUUGAUAUGUCUUCCUCUGAAUCUGUUACUUGUUUAGCUUUCAUCGAGAGUUAUGCAAAACGAAAUGAUAUUUUGACACUUGUUCCUACUUUGUGGAUUGGAACUAGUUUCGGUUCGAUACUGACAUUGUUCAUCACUAUGCCGGACCGAGAUGUGCGCAAAUCUCAGCCAGUAUUGAUAACAAUAAAUGGUGGCCCCGUGGUACGACUUAAAGGAUCCAUAACUUCCAUGUCUUUUUUAGACUCAUACGGUUCGAUCAUACCCUAUACGUUUGAGACCUGGCGUGACGAGAACAAGGACAAGAAAGACCGCACACCCACAAAGAGCAGCAGCCGCACCAGUCCCACAUUCACACCGACAACUGCCAAUACAAUAUCAAACACUUCGAUUGCGGGCGGUGGUGGUGGUGGUGGUGCCUCCGCUGGCGGAGCUGGUGGUGCGGCCGGUGGUAGUUCAGGCGCUGGCGGCGGUUCAUCCAGUGCUGGAGCGGGAGCUGGUGCUGCCGCUGCGGCAGCUGGCGGUGGUGGCGGUGGAGCCAGUGGUAGUGGUGGUGGAGCAGCGGCCAGCGGCAGUGCCGGAGCCAGCGGUGGCGGCGGCGGUGGCGGUAUGAGCAGCAGCAGCGCCAGCAGCAGCGGAAUAAGCGGAAGUGUUAGCACCGGCUUGGAAACACUCACCGAUCGACAAUAUAUCGUUAUCGCUAGCGAGAAGCAAACAAAAGUCUUCGAUGUGGCCAAUCAGUGUUGCAUCAAUCGCAUACAAUUAUCGGAAAUGGAUUUUGCAGUCAAGGCAGAAACUAUCACGAUGAAAGAUGGCUCUUGCUUAGCAACCUAUCUUUCGAAUGGCCAUCUAAUGGUACAUAGUCUUCCUAGUCUAAAACUGUUAUUGGAUACUGAUUUCUUACCGCUUAUGGACUUAAGUUUUCAAACAAAAUGUAAACAGGGAAUUGUGGAUCCAAUGCUUUCGAUAUGGGGUCAACAGAUCAUUGUUCAUGAAGAUACAACUCAAAUAUCAAAAAUAUUUUGCUUUAGUCAUAAAGGUCAUGGAUUGUACAUGGCAUCGCCCACCGAAAUUCAAAAAUUCACGAUAUCAUCGGAAUUUUGUCAAUUUAUUUUGGAGAUGAUGGGUGAACUAUAUACGGUACAGGAAAUGCCCGAACAGCCGAAGGAGGGUUUCUUCAAGGGUCUAUUUGGCGGCGGCGCCAAGCUCCUCGAUCGCGAAGAGCUAUUUGGCGAACAGAGCGGCAAGGCGAAUCGCUCGGUGGCCAGGCACAUACCUGGUCCAAAUUUGGAACAGCUCGGCCAGCGGGCAUCCACCGCCGCAUCGGAGAUUAGCCGGGCGCACCAAUUGGCAAUGGAGCGCGGCGAGAAGCUUAAUUUGCUGGAGGAGCGCGCCGAGCGUAUGGCCAACACUGCUCAAGAUUUCAGCGGCACUGCGCAUCAAUUAAUGCUUAAAUAUAAAGACAAGAAGUGGUAUCAGUUGUAAAAUAUCUAUUUUAGGAGCCAAUUCUACCACAGUUAUUGUAAUAUUGCUUUUAUAAACACUUUCUACUACUACAUUACGAGUAAAGUACACUUAUUUAAUUUCCUGUUUUCAAGUCGUCACGUUAUUUACAAAACAAAACAAAAACGAAAAAACAAAAAACGCAAAAAACAAAAACAAAACCAAACAACAAAGUUCACAAAAACAAAAACCAGAAAAUAAAA